AUGUCAACGGCUCCAGUUCGUCGCUCGGGAUUGCAACGGGACAUCCUCAACCUCUACCGCGAGUGCUUCCGUGCCGCAAGACUAAAGCCCGAGGCGAAUAGACCUCACUUCCACGCCUUCAUUAGGAUGCAGUUCAGGAAGCACUCGGAUGUGAAGCAGCGGGACUUUUCGACCAUUGAAUACCUCCUCCGGACAGGAAAGAGACAGCUCAAGGUCUUCUCUGCACCCAGUAUUGAGGAUGUUACCGUUUAA